CACAUUAGUAGGGCUACCUCUUUUAAAAACCAGGUGCUAGGCUGCAGGAAAUCAUCAGUGGUGAAGACUGAAGUUUCAAACAUACCAUCAUCUUUAUUGCAACCUUCAUGUGGCUUGCUCCGAUGCAUAAUGGCAUACAGUACUAAAGGUCUUCUUUCCAGCAGCCAUUCUUAUAAAUAAGGGGUUAAAUUUAAUACAUAACUAUUUAAUAACCGGAACUUUUACAGCCAUGUGUGACGGGAGGGUUCCGAACUUUUCCUAUCUAAUGUGACCAGAAAAGUGUACGAACCGGGUGACAGUACAGUACAGCAGAGAUUUAAGACAAUAAGAGGUCCACUAUCAUCACUUGAACGUUGAAACUGAGCAGCUCAUGAUGAGGGGCCCAACAGUAAAUUUAGCUUUAGUUCUUUCUUUCGUUUAUGGAACUCUUGGUUCAUCCUGCCCUGCAAGCAGUCCACUAUCGUUUUAUGUAGAAAAACUACAUAAUGCCACAGAAGAAAUCAUCACUGACAUGCAGGCUAUUGUUCUACAGUCUGGUGCAAUCGCUAAUAUCACCAGCAACCAGGAAGGGCCUCCAAAUGUGACAACACUUUACACUGCUCUUACUGCUACUCUCAAUGUAACACCAACGGAUAAUGGAUUGGAUGAAUUUUCUGAUGCAUUUGAUGUCAUUACUGAUGCAUACUUCAAGGCAUGCUAUGGCCCAGAAGAAGAGAAGCCCAGUCAAUCAGAUGCUCAGAGUAUUCUUUCUGAUUUUGUUUCUCUACUUGAGAAUAGAAGUGACAUAACGAGGAUGAGGCAGUUGUUUGGAGAGCUGUCAUGUCUACAAAAUUUCACCCGCACAUCUACUUCUUCUCAUGUUUCUAAACGGGGGGCUACUAAUUUAUCCUUUUGUGCAAAAGCUCCUGAUGUCAAACAACUCUAUAGAUGUUUGGAUAUAAAUAAGCAGUUAGAUUGCAUCUUUAACAUGAAUAACCCCAAAGACUGUAACAAUGAACAGUUUACGAAUUAUAAUAGAAAGCAUUGUCUUGCAUUUGUUGUUGAUACUACUGGUAGUAUGGGAGAGGAGAUUGGUCACGUUAAGACUGUUAUUCAGCAUUUCAUACAAAGUGAAGAAAACAGAGUCACACUUUGCUAUAUCUUGGUUCCUUUUAAUGAUUUCCAUUACAAUACUGAAGCAAAUUUUGCAAGAAAUUUAGAAUACAGCAGAAUUUAUGAUGCCAGCUAUCUCAGUAGGGACAGUGGAAGUCCUUCAUUUUCAAUGACAGACACUAACAUUACUGUUCGAGGGGUUAAUGAUCUAUUGACAGAUGUUAGCAGCUUAAAUGCACAUGGAGGUGGAGAUUGUCCAGAAUAUGGAAUGAUUGCAAUACUUGAAGCAAUAGACCUUAUUGAUGGCAUUAACAAGUCUGAUGUUCAGAAUAAAGGAAAGCAUAACAUAAUAGUGCUAACUGAUGCUUCAGCCAAAGAUGAUUUGUUAUAUCAAAGUGUCAUUUAUGCUGCUAAUGACAAAGAUAAACCAGAUGUAACGGUACAUUUCUUUUACAGUGGGGAUGGAUGUUCAGAUGGUUACGGACAUUAUGAAGAUAUCAAAAAUGCCACAGGAGGUUAUAGUGUGAAACAGAUUAAUGCCGAGAACUUUACACAAUUUACAAACUUCAUUACUGGGUCAUAUAAUUCAGAAAGUAGUAAAAGAAAAAGAAGAAAUACACCAGAUUCAUGUCAAUAUUUUCAAGUAUCACAUUUUGUUCAUCAAUUCUCAUGCCUUAUUGAAACAUCUUCAAGUUCCAUUACUAUUACUAAGCCUGAUAGUAGUAGUCACAAUAUUAGUUUUGCUGUUUAUGAAGAUACAAAUCCACAGCCUGGGAAUUGGAGGGCUUGUGUUCCUUCAGGAACACUUAAACUCUCUUUCACUUCAUCAGUUUCCCUUGAAUUGGAUGUAAAUUUUUUGAAGGAAAGUGAAUAUGGGGUUUUACUUCCAACAAAGCAGCAAUUACCAUAUGCAUGUGAUACCCAUACUUUCACAAUAUCAUCACCCCAAAUGAGUAAUAUUUCCCUUGCUCAUCCACUCUAUUUGGAAAUUAUUGACAACCUUAAUAAUGUUCUUCAAUAUGCUCAGCUAAGUGAAUGUGGAGGCUUUCUUUCAGGAUCAAUAACAUUACCCAGUGGAUCAGUCCAGUACCAGCUACGUGGACAUGAUAUUGGAGGAAUACUAUUCACUCAUGUUGUCCCUGACUCGUUUGUCACAUUUGAUACUCCAUCAAUACAAGCCCAGCUUAAAGGAAAGUCUACCAUUGUUCUCAAUCCAGGAGGGACUUCAAUAGCUCGCAUUGCUAUAUCAAACAUCAAGAGUGGUCCUAAGUCACUCCAAGCUUCUGUGUCUAUUAUAAUACACUCUCAAGUUAAUGUCAGUGUUGAUACUACAUUGUUUACAUUGGAGCCAAUGCAGCAAGAAAAGGAGCUUCAAAUAACAUUUGUUACUUCGGAAACUUUAACAGUAGGGCAAACUUUAGCAUGGUCAGUAGUCAUACUUGACACAUGCUCCAACGAACCAUUGAUGAUAAACUUUACUGCUAUCAUGAAACCAUCAAUACCUUUUAAUGUAACCGGCAUCAGUAAAUCAAUGAUACUAUUUGAAUGGUCACCUCCAGUUAAUCCUACACUAGGAAAUAUUACCCACUAUGUGCUGACACUAGACUACACCAAUGGAACAAUUGCUACAGUUAAUGUCUCUGGUGACAUUAACCAGUACCAAGUGAAUGAGCUAUCACCAUAUCAACAAGUCUAUGCUAGUAUUGUGGCUUACAGUGAUAAUGGAGAAACAGCAGAAAUUGCACCAAUUGCUGUGCUUACUGAUCAAGCAGAGCCUGGACCAGUCUCACAGUUAGCAACAGAAUCAAUCUCAGAGACCUCUGUCCUUAUAUCAUGGUCUGUACCUCAAGAACAGAAUGGGAUAAUCUUAUUUUAUGAAGUGUCCAUUAUGGGAUUAUACAAUGAGACUCACAACUCUUCAGUAUAUGAAAUCAAAAUUGAUGACUUAAAUCCGUACACAAGUUAUACUGCAGUGGUGAGUGCUGCCACUUCUGCUGGUAAGGGACAGCCAAUUACUCUUGAAUUUUAUUCAUUAGAAGGAAAGCCUGGACCAGUCUCACAGUUAACAACACGAUCAAUCUCAGAGACCUCUGUCCUUAUAUCAUGGUCUGUACCUCAAGAACAGAAUGGAAUAAUCUUAUUCUAUGAAGUGUCCAUUAUGGGAUUAUACAAUGAGACUCACAACUCUUCAGUAUACAACAUCAGAAUUGAUGGCUUAAAUCCAUACACAAGUUAUACUGCAGUAGUAAGUGCUGCCACUUCUGCUGGUAAAGGACAGCCAACUACUCUUGAGUUUUAUUCAUUAGAAGGAAAGCCUGGGCCAGUCUCACAGUUAGUAACAGAAUCAAUCUCAGAGACCUCUGUCCUUAUUUCAUGGUCACUACCUCAAGAACAGAAUGGAAUAAUCUUAUUCUAUGAAGUGUCCAUUAUGGGAUUAUACAAUGAGACUCACAACUCUUCAAUAUGCAACAUCAAAAUUGCUGAAUUAAAUCCAUACACACGUUAUACUGCAGUGGUGAGUGCUGCCACUUCUGCUGGUAAAGGACAGCUGAUUACUCUUGAGUUUUAUUCAUUAGAAGGAAUUCCUACAAAAUCUCCAAGUUUGACAAAUUAUACCAUCUUGACACCAACAUCAUUCAUAAUUGAAUGGGAUCCACCACCCAUUCGACACAGGAGAGGAUUUAUCCAGCAUUAUACAAUACAGACAGAGCACAAUCAAAGAAUUUAUAUUUAUAAUUCAUCAAAAAACAGUUUUAACAUAACAGGUAUUGCAAAAUAUCAAUAUUAUAUUGCUAUCAUUCAAAUUUUUUAG